AUGUACUCUCUGCCGACUGACGAAACAAAAUUUGGGCUGUGCUUGAAGCUGUUACGUUGCUUGUAUAAUUUCCAUGGUGUCUCCAAAAUACUUGAGUUCGCCGCCCGUCUGAGUGGCGACGGGAAACGAUUUGAGAAGAUCAUUCACAGAACUGGUGCGAUCUCAAUAUAUGACCGUGAGAACCAUCGACGGCUGGUUGCUUGCCUAUCUGUGAAGAAUUUUGAACAUGUUGCAGAUUUAAAAAAUGUGAAAGAAGUACUAGCCCUCCAGCAGCCGAAUUUUCAGAUACCUCAUUUUCGGAUCUCACAGAAGUCCUCCAACGACGACUGGUCCUCGUACCACAGACAGAAGUUCACCAUGCUACGAUAUCAGGACGAAGAUUUCGAACUUGACGUAUCUUCGCGUCAUGGGAUCCAUGUUUUGCGCCAUUCUAAAAGGAACUUCACCCCUGAUCCCGUUUCGUCAUUUUUUCUCACCGAGCGGCUUUGCUCAACGGAUCCUGAAGUUGUGCGCGAUUCCAUUAGCUUAUGUAACCUUUCUCCUUGGCAAACAGAAUUGCUCUCUGCGUUUAAAACGCGACGUUCAAAAGCACCCGAAGAUUGUCGUGAUUACUGUUUUUCUCGCGCUGAAAAGCUUCACCGAGCUGAAAUAAUUCAGUUUGGCAUUGAUCAGGAUUCCCGUUUGAAGCUUACGACUUGUCGAAAUUUUUCGAUCGUUCUAAAUGCCGAUAAGCAUUUGAAAUUUUCAUCGGACGAAAAUCCGGACAUGUUGUGUGAUGCCAAGCAUUUUCUGGAACAUCCUGGACCGGCAUCAUUGAAGCGAGAAGCUUUACUAAACUCCGACUUGCCAUUUGAAGAAGUGAUGAAGAGAUACCCCAAGUACAUUCAGAAACGCACGAGUGGCGAGAAGCAUCGAGAAUCAGAUCGUUUGCUUCUUGAUGAAUGUAAAGUUUUGAAGAAGAUGGGACUGUGCGAGCUGCUGCAAUCUGAUGCCCGCGUGACACGACGCGCAAUUGGUUCAUCCUUCCGACCUGAAACGAACUUGAAAAAGUCUAUAAUACGUGCCAAGACUUUUCCACGUCUGAAGAAAGUGUCUGUUGGAAAGUCGUUGGCAUCACUGAAUGGCCCGAAGAACGAAAAGAUUUUUCGAGUGAAUGUUCUUGUGACGCAAAGCUCAGGCGGGAAAGUGCCUUACGCAAAGCGUAAUCCUCAGGAAGAUGAAGUUGAACAAUCGAAGGAAACAAUACCUCAAGCAUUACCAACGCCGAAUCCGUUGAAAAACGGAAUUGGUGGCCAAAUCAACAGAAAAAAACAGUCACCAGUGUCACAUUUGCAUUCAGCUGAAUUGCAACAUAGCUUCCUGGAAAAUUACGGAGCACUUUGCGUCACCAUGAUUGAAUCCUGUCUUCGUGACCAAGUAGCAGCCGAAAAGUCUCGGGAGCCUUUGGAACGUUUUCUAAAAAAUUUGAAUUCGAAAACGAGUGCUCCCAAGAACUUGAAUUUCAAGCAAGUAACCGUUGUUGGAUUGAUGGUAUUGAUCCUUUCGCUCGCAUUUAUCUGCGGAAGUGAUCGUAUUGGUCGUGUCGGAGAAGCCGUCGUGCGUCUUGCUGCUAUUCAGUUUCUUCCGUGGUUCGAUUGGACCACGCUUUAUUACUCUCAGUGCAUCUGGAAAAAUCGGGCGUUUGGUUUAUCCACUUCCCGAAUCGAGAAUUGCUUGAGUUGCGAGGUGCAUGAUGCUGUUUCAGUGUGGGAGAAUGCAGACAUCGAAAACGUUUCGGAUGCUUUGAAUUUCCGCGUUCCGUUCAUAAUUUCUGGAGGAUUAGAUGAAUGGAAGCCUGUAAAAGAUCUUGACUUUGGAGUCUCAACAAUUGUUGACUCGUUUGUCGACGUGAUGAAGACGAAUGGAGGACCUGUUGUCUGUAAGUUGAUGACAAACCUCAAGUCGAAUCGCUUCGAAUUCAUCGAUGCCGCCAAAGCAGCGACGAAAAAUGCGAUUACUCCGGAAAAUUGUGAAACCCCAGAGAUAAAAACGCUUCGAAAAUUUUACUCUCGUCUGAGUGUUUUCCCACUCUCUCUGGACUUGUCAGACACCAACUGGGUGUUCAUUUCCUCCAUGUACUUUUCGCGGGUUUACAAAGACGUGCCGUUCUCCUCCACGUUUUUUGUGUUGACUCAAGUAAAAGGUGAAAUGGAUCUCAGGUUGACGCCUGUCAAGUCGUGUUCUGAAGUUUGUCAAGAAAUUCACCUGACUUUGCGAAAAAAUCAAACGCUGGUGGUUUCCGGAGAACUUUGGCAAUUGGGUUAUUUAACGAACCCCUAUGGAGACGAAAACGUGGCGUUUGGGAUAAGAUUUUCUCGUUUCAGAAUCGAGGCCAUCUUACUUGCGAAGAUGACAUCAGCAGCUAAUGGAAUUCCCAUCGUGCAGAUUCAUCGAGGCAAUUGGGAGGAGCUUCAGGGUAUGUUAAAAGAAGCUAUUUCAAACGCAGCAUUCGUCGCGUUCGAUCUUGAGCUUUCAGGCAUUGGGAACCCGCGAGACUUGUCAUUAUGGGACCUGGACCACCGUUAUGAAAAAAUUUGCGAGGUUGCUGAUUCGCGUUCUGUGUUAUCCCUCGGUCUUUCUUUCGUACGAUUCCUUACGUCACACGAAAUUUUCCCACAAAAUGAACCCAAGGAAGGAGAUGUGCCACAUUACAGUCGAACGUUUCUGGCGCAAAAUUUCGACAUCUUGUGUUCUUGUCAGGAUCCAUUCGUGACAGAUCCAAAGGCGGCGGAUUUUUUGAUCAGAAAUGGGUUCGACUUCAAUCGGCAAUUGGCUUUUGGCGUGCCAUAUUUUCGUGGUGCCCCGGAUUCUUCUGCUAAUCAUCCGCAGAUAAGGGAUUUGAUCAUGGACAUUAUUCGAAAGCGAGUACCCAUGGUCUGCCACAAUGGCCUGGUGGAUGCUUCCUUCCUCUUUCGACAUUUUCUUGGACCCAAACUGCCGAUUGACCUGAGGAAAUUUGCAAAUGACAUGUACUCCGUGAUCUGUGCUCCUGGAAAAGUCGUCAAGGAAGGGGGCUUAUACGACACCAAGUACAUUUCCGAGUUCGUCGCUCGAAUGGACGUGACCUAUCUACUGUACUUGUAUCGAAAAAUAAUGAGCAUCAACGAGGACAAGAUGAAGAACGGGAAAAAUCACGUGAUAUUUCUGUUCCCGAAGUUUCCUGUGAAUUAUCCGCAUCUGGAAGUAUUGCCGGUGACUGUUGAGGAUGUCACUGGAAAUAAGGGAGCAGCUGUUGAAGUGUGCGAAUCAUACGCACUUCAUGGCUUUUGCCGAAAAUCCCCCAAGUGUCCGAAUUCUCACGAUAUUGACGACGUACUCAAGUGGGAGAAAGCCGGCGGAAUGCCGAAAACAGCAGGAGCGCGAAGAAGGGAAAGACGAAAGAGGAAAUUGAACAGAGAAGCGGAAGAUUCUUCUGAACCACAAAAUGGCAAAGCCGGUGGAAUGCGAGAAGCAUCAAACGAGCGAAGAAUGGCGGAAGAGUCUUCUGAACCACAAAUUGGCGAAGCCGGUGAAGUACGAAAAACAUGUCGAGAGCGAAGAAGGGAAAGACGAAGGCUGAAAUUUGCUGCAGAUGCUAACAAAGAGACGGAAGUGUCUUCCGAACCGCAAAACGACUCAGAUUCGAAGCUAAAUGGCGAAGUACCGAUUUGUUCCGCGACGGAAAAGAGCUCUCAAGGGAAUGAGGAUUCGGAUCAGAGUCAAAGAGUGCAUCGUUCCGGUUAUGACGCGUAUAUGACAGCGCAUUUGUUUGCAGUUAUGGCGUGUACUUAUGCUAAGCCAAGAAUGCCCGCUGUUCCUCCGAGUUUCCGGCCGACGGAAAGCGGCUUAGAUCAUUGCGCGAAUAAGAUUUAUCUAAGUGGGAAGAAGCAUGCGUUGCACUUGUACGCUAGUGGCACUGAACGCGAUUGGAAGCCGAACUUACAAAGGUUGCCGUUGUGUUGGAAAACGUGCGAAAAAGAAGACGAAGACACGCUUUUGCGGCGAAUUUGCGAAGCUUCAUUGCCUAGAUUCGCGUUUUUCUCUGGUGACUUGGAAUUCAGAGACGCGCGGAAUGAAAAAGCGCUUUGCUGGUCUUCAAGAAUACCUCGUUCGUUACCCCAACCGGAAUUCUUGUUGCCGCAAAUUGAACAGACUUUGCGAAAUAAACCGGAUUAUUGGAUCGCUGAUUACAUCGGGGAAAAUGGUCAGGGCUUUUGCGCCUUGUUGAAUUUUCUGCAGCAGAAGCAGAAUGUUUUGCCGUUGCAUCGGCUGUCUUCGAUUGAUUUUUUGAAGCACGGCCCAAAAUUUUUGGAUGAGGAGUCUCUUCCGGAAACGGUGCUGUAUGAAAUGCACCUGGGUUUACUCUGUGUGCAAGCUGUUGUUUGCACCCGUGCCGGAAACGCCAUCGCAGUCCGGAGUUCCCUCACUGCCGUCCGUUUGCUCAUGUUUUGUUUCUACUUUGUCAAAUACGAGACAAAGUGUAUCAUUUUGGAAACUUUGGUGUCUUUGGCCGUGACUCCCGCUGGGCAUCGUGCCGUUGUCAAAAGCCUCUGGGACCUGGAGACGGAAAUGUUCUAUGGGUGCAACGUUUUUGCACCUUUUUGCACGAUCCUGAGCGAGUUCUUAAACUCUGGAUACCUGAGGGGCGCUGUUUCUUUGGUCCACUUUCUGAAUGUCGUCGCUUAUUUCAACGAGAGUUUCAAACACAGGAUCACUUGCCAGGUCAAAUUGGAUGAAGCUGGGAUACUUAGUUAUUUGGAGUGCAUCAAAAACGGCGAAUUCAACGUUCGCAUUGUACCUGCCUUGAAAGACGCUGUUGUGGCGUUUUUUAAAAACGUGAUCGAUCUCGGAAGUCUUGGCUUGGAUCGUAUUGCCAUUAGUUCCCUGUCGCAAGCUUUGAGAAAAUCAGGGAUGGCGAACAAACGGCUAGAAGAACAAUUGUCGCAUGUGGAGGCUAUGCACGCUGGGUAUUGUUUGGUUUGUAGGGACAUGGACGUAUCCUGCAAAGCUCGUCUGCGACAUGUUCUUGAAGAAAAUUCGCGUUUGAAAGAGGAAAACAAGCCUCAGAUCGUACCUCUUCCGAGUCGAAUACGAACUCUGGAGCAAAUGGGCAAUCGUUUGGACGCCGAAAUGGAUUCCCUUGGGUUUGAGAAGACCGUCGUGGAUUCAACUUACUCUUCUGUGGAUCCUUCAGUUGAAGUCGAGCUGUCCAAAAGGGUUGAAUACCUUGAAAACUUGUACAAGUCCUUCGAAAUCCGACUCAAAGUUCGCGAGCAAACUGAAAAGGUAAACAAAGAUUGGGAUCUUGGAGCCGCCUCGGAGACUCAAGCAUUGGUCGUCGCUGAAAUGAAAGAAGUAGCUUGUCAAUUUCCUGAUCCAAGUCUUGUUGGAGAUAAGUUAUUGGAGAAGGCAGUUACUGAAGGAUUAACCCAGUUGAGUGAUCCAGUGGUUAAACUCGAAAAGGCGCCUCCGGUAAUAGUGAUGGCGCCUCCUGCCCCGCCGCCGCCGCCACCACCACCGCCGCCGCCUCCUCCUCCUCCUCCGCCACCUCCACCACCUUUUCCUGGGAGUUCAAUACCAUUACCGACCUUGAACCCUCCCCCAAAUGCGGACGCCCCAAAGUCGGCUGUUCCCCUUGUUUCCCUGGUGUGGAAAGUGAUAUCAAAGCAACCCGGGAAGAAAUCCGUCUUCUCCGAAGCGGAAACAAAGAAAGUUUGGGAUUCCGUGAACCUGGAAGAAUUGGCGAAAGAUUUUGCGAAGAAGCCAACAGCUGAAGGUGACACGGUUCGAAUUCGCGGAAAUUCCACGCCUGCCAACGCGUUAGUGAAGUCCAGUGCAAAAAAGCUGGGUAAAUGUCUGCUGAAGCCCAACAGGCACAGGAACAUUGAAAUAGGAAUGAGGAAGUUGAAGAAUCCCGUGGACGCGAUUGUGAAGGGUAUUGAAAACAUGGCGGCGGAUUAUUUGCAUUUUGAGACCUUGGAAGCCUUGUCUCAAAUGGUUCCAACUCAAGAAGAAAUGGAUAUUUACCGGAAUUUUGCUUCGGAAGGCGGCGAUAUUCGCACCCUUUCGAAAGAAGACCAAUUCUUCUUCAAGUUGAGCCAAAGCAAUUUCGACGUGAUAGGACCAAAGUUGAAUCGUCUCACGAGAGCUGCUGAUUGCGUGAUGAAGUCGCAUAAGUUGAAGCGCAUUCUCGAGAUUUUGUUCGCGAUUGGAACUAUUUUCGAUGCUUCUAAUCGAAGUUCCAUGAGACCAAAGCAAGCCUGGGGAUUUUUUGUCUCGAGCUUACCCGCGUUUUCUGGCUUGAAAUCGUUGAUAAGACCUCAGUUCACUUUGCUGCAUUUCGUGGUUCGUUUCGUCGCGGUUCACUUUCCUGAAUGUUUGGAAUUCCCGGAAGAAAUCCGUGACAUUGAACCGGCUGCUGCCAUUUGUGUCGCAGAAUUGAAGAAGCAGCUCAAUGACAUUUCCGACUCGUUGAAUACUGUGAAAAAUGAGCUUGAGAAUUGUUUGGAGGAUCUUCCUGCUAAAAAUCUCAAUGAAACUGAUGUUCAAGCUUCAACUGUGCAAACGAUUUCGCUGCAGUCCCCUGUGAAAAUCACCCCUGUUCGAACACAGAAACCGGUUUCUAGAAGGAUCGCAUUGCUUCCAACUGCGAGUCGAAGUGAUACUCAAUACUCAGGGAAUCGUCCUAGAAACUCUCCAGCGAUGUCCGCAUCUCCUAAACUCGGGCGACGAAGCAGAGCCGGAAGUGUUGGUUCAUCCGGAGACCGAGGCCCGGGUUUGCGAACCCUCAACACUUCCAUAACCCCUCGACGCGAUCCCCCCGACGAACCCGGAAGUGUAACCCGAAAUAGGUGCUUGGAAAAUGUGCGAACAUUCCACGCCCGCGCAUCGUCCGCUUUAUCCGACAUGUCAAGCUUUUACGACUCCGUUUUUGAGACUUUGCUGCAUAUGCUGGAAUAUUUUGGCGAGGAGAAACCGGACGUGAAGAUGGUGAAGCCCUUGUUUGAAAACUUGGUCAGGUUUUACAAGGAUUUCGAUCAAGCCCGACACGAUAUUGAGUUGUGGGAGAAACAAGAGUUGAAACGGAGUUUGCCAACCCCGAAAUCAGUUAAAGCCCGGGGGCGUUUAUCCGGUGCAGAAAUACGUCAGAGACUCUCACUUCUACGGUGAUGAAUGCAUACAUUCGAAAAGUUUCCCCGGGUGGAGCAAAAACAUUGGACGCAAAGAUUAUGCGAUUUCUUUUCAUCUUCCGUUCACUUUUCUGUUUAUUACGUGAAGCUCUCUUUUUUUUUCUUUUUUGGUCUAGCGAAUGUUGCGGUUUUCGCCAAUCGUCAAU